GGAGUGUCUUGUCGUGUCGUGGAUAUAUGGUAUAAGACGAAUCAGUAAAGACGUUGAGAUGAUGAUUGGCAAGCCACUGCCGAUGCCUGUAAAGAUCCUCUGGGCUCUGGUAACGCCGACAAUCUUGAUAAUCACUUUCAUCUUGACACUUCUCCGCUACCAACCACCAACCUACGGCAAGUACAAGUUUCCUAGCUAUGCUUCUACAAUCGGCUGGAUUAUUGCAGUGCUGCCCCUUCUACCGAUACCAGUCUACAUGGUCAUGACUGUCAGGAAGCACAUGGCGACCAAUUCCCUGAAGGAGAGUGUACGUCUUGCCUUGAGACCUGAUGAUGAAUGGCAACCUGCGAACUCCAGAAGCCGGCAGGAUUCCAUUGAUGAUGAGUCCACAACAUAA